AUGUCACAACCACUGGAAAAACAGUCGAAACAUGAUCCGGCCGUUGGGGAGAAGGAUGCCGGAGUCCACGUCGGGAUCGAAGGACAGUACCAGGUCGAUGCAGAGGGCCCGGUGUACAAGGACUCGAAACGGACUUGGAAAUCAUUUUUCUGGUCAACCCUCGAUGUCCCGAAAGAGGAAGCCCGGUUUCUGACCAAGCUCGACUUGACUCUGAUCUCUUCAUCUGCACUGGGUGUCAUGUGUCGCUAUCUGGAUCAGGUCAACAUCACCAACGCCUUCAACAGCGGUAUGAAGGAAGAUCUUGCGCUGUACGGCAAAGAACUCAAUUACGCCAAUGCCAUUUGGAGUGCAGCAUACGUCUUUGGACAGGUCCCGUCAAAUUUGCUCCUCACACGAGUCAACGCUCCGCUUUACAUCGCCUUCCUUGAGUUUGCGUGGACUGUUUUCACCUUUGCCACUGCUGGCGUCAAAGACGUCAACCAGCUCUACGUGUUCCGGUUCUUUGUUGGCUUAUUCGAGGCCGGACACUUUCCGGCCGUCAUGUACGUGUGCUCGAGCUACUACAAACCCCACGAGCUGGCCCGGCGGAAUACGUUGAUCCAGAUAUUCACAUCUGUCGGCCCUCUGUUCUCUGGCUUCCUCAUGGCUGCGGUUCACGCGGGCCUUGACGGAGCCAGCGGCUUGCCGGGAUGGCGAUGGAUGUACAUCGUCUGCGGAUGCAUCUCGCUUCCAUGCGCAGUUUGGACUGCGUUUGCAAUGCCUCAGCUUCCUUCCCGUGCAAAAGCCAACUGGAUCUUCACCGAGAAAGAAAUCGAGCUCGCCCGUGCCAGAAUGCCAACCGAGACCAAGCCCUUCACCGGUCUCUUCAAGUGGAAAGACAUACGCCGCUGGCACACGACUUGGCACGUGUACCUUUUGAUAUUCUGGGUCAAGAGCUACAAUACGCCUGGAAAGCCGGCCGUGUUCUCGGUGGCUGAGAUCAACAUCAUUCCUCUCGGUAUCAACAUCAUCUCCAUCGUCUGCACCCUCAUCAACUCUUGGGUAUCCGACAGCCUGCCGGGCGCGGCGCGGUGGCCCGGUAUGCUGUUCGCGAGCGUCAUGGCCAUCAUCUUCCCAAUCGCCCUGGCCGCCACGCCGGUCCAUCCUCCCAACAUUGCAACUCGUUGGACCUUGUAUUAUCUCACUGCCCUUUCCGGUACGUGUGCAGGUCUCACGUGGACAUGGGUGAACGAGACGAACCGACACGAUCCCGAGAAGCGGGCAUACGUUUCUGCUUUGAUGAACGCGUUUGCCUACAUCUUCACCGCUUGGGUUCCGAUUUUCACCUUCCCGGCCAAUCUCCAGCCGUAUAUCGUCACCGGUAACUACAUCACGGCUGGCUUCGGUGCCGCUGCAGCGAUAACAGUUCUCGUCAUCCGUCGCUUUUACAACCGGGAUCUCCAAAAGAAGCAGAUCCUCAAAGUCUAG